GCUUUUUCUGGUGCGUCACACAAAAAGUAAAUUGAGUAAAUUGAGAUUUUUAGGUCGUGUUCCCUGACCAGUGGAAUUCGUUCCCAAUACGCCUGCACAAAAAAUCGGACCUUUUUUUCUCAAUUUACUCAAUUUACUUUUUCGCCGGGCGCUUUUUUUUCCCGGUUUUUUUCGGCAAGCCUGCCGUUUUCUUUUUUUGCGUCGACGAUUUUUCUUUGCCAGAAAACUUCGGUUAUUUUUUUCCUGGGCUGAGAUCUGGCCGGAUUUGUAUAGCAUGUGGCGCGGAGAAAUCGCAGCAACAGUCUCUUCCCAAUAGUAGUAGCUCCAUCUAGCAGCACUAGCCGCGAAGCGGUGCAAUAGUCGGCGACUGUGGGGACAACCGAAAGGAGCAAACAGGGCGACACAGGAGACGGAGACAACAGCUGCGGGGCUACAUAGCGAAGUCAUGUCGAAAAAGCGGCGCCAUUUUUUUAAUUUCAAUCUACUCAAUUUCCUCGACUUGGGAAUUUGGACCUCUUGACCCUACCAUAAGCUCCAAUACAACGAAGCCCGGGAACCAACGCCGCCGCAAGCCAGUAGCUCCGGAACCACGACCAACACGUUUACGUUCAAUUCUUCGAGUAUGACAAUACCUCCUCUCCCCCUCAUUUGUCAUGCAAAGUACCAAGCCGACUCCUUUCCCUUAAGCACUGCUUGCAUGACAGAUUUCGGAAGCUGAGCCAGCACAUGAAUCGGUCGCGAAGUUGUCAUGCAAAAGCUGCAUUUAUACCAGCCCUUGUGUUGCUGCUUAUGCCUUUCAAACGAGGGGGGGCGGGAGUUGUGCACUGUCAUAUCGAGCAACAACAAAACACAAUCUUCUUCUUCCUCCGCCGAAAAGCUGCACCACGUGCCGAAAAACGAGAUAAGUUCGGUGACCAGCUUAUAACGGUAAAAUUGGUAUUCGUAUUCAAAAAACGCAAAAAAUUUUCCCCCCGUCAAGGGCUGCCGGCGACGCAACUGAAGGUGGUGCUGCAGCGAGAGGUCGAGAACAGAACAGGUAAGUAGGCGGCGUUCGGCGACCCUGCUAAUUUUGAGUGGUAUUUUUGGAAUAAUGGAAUGAAUCUACAUUAACCUAGCUAGCUUGUCGUGGUGGUAGAUAGUUCAAAAUGUAGCAUGCACUUGUAGAUGUGAUUUCGCAUAUCGUGACUUGUCGCCGAUUUUUCUGGAGAGACGUAGCUCGACCAGGCUGCGCAUGUUGGGCACCACUUGGUGCCCAAGUCGGACACCGUGGUGGACCUGCUGUUGGACCGAGCCGGGCGACCCCAACUGAUUAUCUUACUCGCCGAACAUCUCAAGUGCUAGCUAUUUUGAACUAUCUAACACCACGACAAGCUCAUACACUUCAUUCGCAUUCGCAUUCGUCAUCAAAUAGCCUCGCAUUCAAAAAUAAAGAACAAAAGGUCGGCGCAGACGAGGUUGAAGCCGGGGGUCGUCGACGUUGGACGGUGGACGGAGGAGGUUGUUCUGGUGGGCUGAGAGGGGGCUCUAAAUUUUUUGUAUAUUGAAUAAGAAUACCAAUUUUACCGCUAUACAGCUCUCAAGUGCCGAAAAACGAGAUAAGUUCGGUGACCAGCUCUCAAGAAAUGCGGACGACACCGAAAAAGAACAACAACAAUCGCGGGCAAGUGUCACAAUAUUCACAGUAAAUUUCCCGUACACGUACACAUGCGGUCUCUGCAUGACAAAAAUUGGCUUCGAUCCUAGUCUAGCAUUACAAGUUUUACGCUUCAAAGUGGUGAAAUUUGUGAUGUAUAUCUUGUACAUGUACGGGAAUAAAUUUGUAUUGCAUACAACAAUCACCGACACAAGUCUCACGGAUCCGGCGACGAGCUCCCGAGAGUUUAAAUCCAGACCCACCUCUGCCGGGGAGCACGACCUGAAUUCGGAAAUCACGCCCUCCAUUGUGCAGCCGUUCACCAUGGCACAGUAUGCCGUGCAGCAAGCCUUGCCGCCGGAAUUCGGGGCAGAAGGAGGUAUCUUGAUGGUGCGCAAAAAAUAUUUCAUCUCGUUUUUAAUAAUCGUCCACCUCCCUCAGGGACGUUCUAGUGCAGAGCAAUGAACAUUAACUGUUGAGGACUUAUUUUUGAAAUGGAGGUCAUGGUGAUGAUCAUGAUCAUCUCUUCAUGUGCUUCAACAUUUCUUGUUCGCUAGCGUUCUAAACAACUUUUUUUUUAGUAGAAGUCAGCCCAGAAAUGCAUUUGUCGACGUCCUCGUACUGCAGUAUGAAGCUGCAUCAGAGUCAAGACCCACCUUGUCCCGUCCCAUCAAUAUCACAGCCCAGCAACAAGGCUCCAAGUCCAAACUGUCCAAAACCCCGAGUCUGGGGCAUUCGAGCAACAGCAAGCGGCCGUCAUCAAACGGAUCGAUUUUGCAGGACGAGUCGGCCGUGCAGUCACAGGCCCUGAGCAAUUACAAUAACGGAGGUGGGGUUCCAGCAGGAGAGCAUAGCCAGAGCAUAUCAAAUGCAAAAAUGUCUGGGUCUGGAAACUUGUGAUGCUGGGUGGCGUAUCAUGAGGAGGCCAGAAGUGCUGGCUCAGCAUGACAAGUUUCUGAGCUUCUAGGUGUUGCUUAUUCUGCAUGACAAACUGCGUUUCUGCAUGACAGAAAAAAGGAGCUCUUGAGUAACGUGCGCGACAGAUUUAAGAGUCAUGCCAGACAAGCAUGACAAACAUGCACUCUUCCAGACCCAGACACUUUUACAUUUGAUAGAGCAUAACAGCACACAACAAGCAGAGCAGUCGAUCUUCGUCGAAUAAAAAACCACCUUAUCACAGGAAAAAGUGUUAACGUUAACAAUGUUCACAGAUUGCAGUCAUGCAUCACAAAUGUAGUCCAAUAUGCAUGCUAUGCAUGACAAAUUCUGACACGUUUUGUGAUGCAUUGCUGCAUCACAAAUUCCGUUAACGUUAACUAACACUUUUUCCUGUGAUACACCUUCGACGGAGCGGAAAAACAGCAGCAGUGCCGGUGGUGGUGGAACGGCUUCCACUUCAGCGCAGGCUGAACGGCGGAAUAGUAACUAUCUGAUGAACAAAAAGACCCCCACGACAAAAGCCUUCCAGUGGACCUGUUUUGACGAUAUGGAGAUGGUGAAAGCGAUAUUUUCUGGCAAUCCGACUUCUCCACUGAGUCACAUGCUAAACAUAAGGAGACUCGACGUCCUGUCCAACGACUUGCGGAAGCUGGUGCACAGCUGUUUAGUCUGGGACCCGGUCUUAUCCUGUGCAAAAGUAUCGUACUAGUAUCUAUAAAUCGCAUGACAAAUUUCCUCCGCAUGAAAGAUGAAAUUUGUAAUGCGAAUUUACCCUAACAAUGGAAUUUGUAAUGCAUAAAUGCGAUUACGAUUAGUACGACUACGAUACUUUUGCAGUUCAUACGUCUUCCGCCCAGCCUCGAGCUCGUUCCAGUUACCCGAAAUCCAGGCACAGUACGUCAUGGAGAUCGCGGUAUGGAUUGCAAAAGCAUCGUACUAGUAUGAAUUGCAUUACAAUAAAUUCACAUAGCAUUACAAAUUUUAAAUUUGUAUGUAAUGCGAAUAUGCCUCAAGAAAAAGACUUGUAAUGCAUAAACGCAAUUAGUACAACGAGUGCGAUACUUUUGCAAUGCAUACGCGGCGAAACUAAGCGAAUCCCGCAAGGCCAUCGACGGUCAACCGGGGAACGCCGGCCUGCUCAUAUGCAUUGAAAAUAUGUCGGGGUCUGGGAGAAUACAAGUACUUAUAUUGUCAUGCUUGUCUCACAUGACUAUUGAACCUGUAAUGCGUGAGCAGGAAAAGAGCCUCUUGCCCGUCAUGCAAAAAUGUAGUUUGUCAUGCGGAAAGCGAAAGAACACCACUUGUCAUGCGUGGCUGCCUAUUCCAGUGUCCCCACAAUUCAUAAAUUAGCAUCACAAGUUUCCAGUAGACCAAGACACAUUUGCAGUGCAUAGCACAGCUCCGGAUUCAAUUCCGCAUCCGCCACCCCAAACUUGCUGCCGCAGAGACGGCAGGGGCUGCAGGGCCGAGGGCGGGCAGUCGCGGCGCCGCCCAAAGCAACGGACCGGUGUGAUGUGGCGAUGAACCCAAAAAAGCGAAGUCCAGAAAACCGGGGGGCGAAUACCGGUGGACAAUCGGAGCAGGCGUGAAAAUAACGAUUUAAGUUGGUGCGCUGUACUUUCAGGAGUACUGACGUAGCAGACGGAUUACAAAUAUACUUUACUUGAAUUACAUUUACAAAUAUACUUUACCUGCUGAAAACUGAAAUACUAAAGAUACCAAAAUCAAAUUCAAUUCCAAGCACAUAUUUCGAUAGAGUACAGAAAUAAGACUUCCUCACCUGAGAGGUAGCUUGAGGACGCGUAGUUACACAAACAAAAGGCAAUAGUAACACAAACAAAAAGUAGUGAAAUAGCAAGCAGAGCAACUCAAACAUUGUCGAGAGAAAUAUAGCAUCAUUCCCUUGUAAAAAAACGAAACGGCAGAAAUACCCACGCUAACUGUAAUUAUUUUUUCGUUCCUGUGUGUCUGAUACUCUUACUGUUCAGAAGCACCACUAGACUUACUGAGUGUAGUCCUUCUACUGGACUGUUCCAGAUUUUAGAAACGCAAAAAGAUGAACACCUUACUUACUCGGAAAUAAACAGGUGGAUGCGCAUGAUUAUGAUAUCACGCUUCCACUUUUGGAAGCUGAACAUUGUGAUUGCGGAAGAUAAAACCCUUCAAAUUUCACUUCUUCAAAAAAUUGAUGAGCUAUCGGUCUAUAUUCGGUACGAGUAGUAGUUCAGUACACACAUCAUAAGGUUGCAGUUGCUCGUCCGUCCCAUAGUUGUAUCCUGCUGACAUGUGAAGAGCAAUCAUAUGUAAGUAAAAUAAAUCGCAUAAGUGGUAAAGUUUCAGAAACUGUUAUGAUUAUGUUGAAGGCUGUAAAAGCUUUGUUUUUGAACGAGGUAAAAAUCUACUACUGGACGAAGACCCAAACGUUCUCUGAUGGUGUGUAGGUGAGAAGGAUGCCAGGUGACAAUGAUGAUAAUCAUUUACGCGAUGAAACGAU